ACCAUGCUAUCACCACUAUCCGCUCUCUUACUAUCCAUACGAAAUUCCAAGAGAUAAACAAAUUCGCUUCAAAACUCUUUAAUUAUCUCCUCCAGCUAAACUGCCCAAAUGCUCCCCCUCGAGUACGGAAACACAGCCCACCUCCUCCCAAACACCUACAAACAAACAAUCGCCUCCUGGCUAACAGAAGACACGCCAGCCUUCGACUAUGGCGGCUUUGUGGUCGGUGAGGAUCCCAAGACAGCGACUCUCUUCGCCAAAUCUCCGGGGGUUCUCGCUGGAGUGCCAUUCUUCGAUGAAGUCUUUGCCCAGCUAGGGUGCACGUACUCCUUCCCCUUCCUUUCCCCUGCCAAUUUCCCUUACUGGCCAAAUGGAGAUCUGACCAUACCCGACAAUUAGUGUGGAGUGGCACGCCCAAGAAGGUGCCUACCUCUCCGCCACCAAACCGAUCGCGGUAGCCACUGUAAGGGGCCCCUCUCGAAAUCUGCUCCUGGGCGAACGCGUAGCGCUAAAUACGUUGGCACGGUGCUCCGGAAUUGCUACUAAAUCCCGCCGGUUACUAGAGCUCGUGCGGAGGGCUGGGUAUUCGGGAAUUCUGGCAGGCACAAGAAAGACGACCCCAGGGUUCCGGCUCGUGGAGAAGUAUGGAAUGUUGGUCGGGGGUGCGGACCAACACAGGUACGACCUUAGCAGCAUGAUCAUGCUGAAGGAUAAUCAUGUCUGGUCAAAGGGGUCCAUCACUAAAGCCGUCCAUGCGGCAAAAUCCGUAGGGGGCUUUGCAAUAAAGGUAGAGGUAGAAGUGCAAUGUGAGGAGGAGGCAGACGAGGCCAUUGCCGCGGGCGCGGACAUCGUCAUGUUGGACAACUUCACAGGAGAUGGGUUGAAGGUUGCAGCGGCGAGUUUGAAAAAAAGAUGGCGGGAGAAAGGACGGCAAGUGUUGCUUGAGUGUUCGGGAGGGCUGAAGGAGGAUAAUGUUGAGGAGUAUCUGUGCGAUGGUUCGUUUUUGUCCGAUCCUUGGUUGGAGGGGCUCGGGCGGGCAGAGGUUGCUAAUGGGAAUGUCAGAUAUCGAUAUUAUCUCCACCAGCUCGAUCCAUCAGGUUUGUAUUUCACGUGCUGUCAUUCAGAUAAUUGGCUAACAAAGAUUGUAUCUGCAGAGCACCCAACACGUGGAUUUUUCACUCAAGAUCGACCACUAAUGCACGUUGUAUCGAGAUCUGUACUUUUACAAGCGGAAUAUAGAGCGUUCGGAGAGAAGAAACAAGAAAUUUAGCAUUACGGUAUUAUGCAAUACAAGCUAUGCAUGGCCU